GUUAAUGAUGGUUGAUAUUCAGGUAGCUUAGCCUUAGGCAUGGCACGUAUUUUUUGCCGACUUGUGGGCGCUUAAUUGUGUAACAAACCUGUCUCAUGACAUACCGUAAAUAGAAUGGUGGCCGAUGAACUAAGGAAACUGUUUUGAAACGGGAUCAGACUACCUCUUGUCGCCAAUGUAAAAGAUAGUGCUGUGUGCUGUACACUUUGCUCCAAUCAAGGGCAAAACCUUUCAAGGCGAGUUCGUCCAACUAGGCAGACGCCAGCUGUGCUCCAACAUCUGGGCUAAACUGCGUUAGUGACAUCUGCUCUGUGACAACAACUCGAGUUUAAUCGCAAGAGUUGAUUUGAAGUACUUUGAAAGAGGUGAGAAAAGCAGACAAAAUCACGAGGAGACAUGGCAAACUACACGAACUCUUCGAAUGUGACUGACCCCUUGCAGACUGCUCCCUCAUUGCGGCCAGCGUUUCAACCGGAUGAUUGGAAUCGAUCCUUUACGAUGUUCGUGGUUAUAGCCGAGAUUAUCAUAGCUGUCGUAUCACUAGUUAGCAACUUUCUCGUCGUGUACGCUUUUGUUGCCUACAAAAAACUUCGGACGAGUGUCACGAACUAUUUUGUAAUAUCAUUGGCCGUGUCAGACAUCUUAACCUCAGGACUGGUCACUACAUUCACAGCGGACAUUUCCAUGAAUCCCCGUUGGACGCAUGGCUUAUUCAUGUGCAAUCUCUAUACAACAAUGUUUUUACUGGCCUUACCGAGCUCUGUAAUCAAUUUGUGCGCAGUCACUGUGGAUAGAUACCUCGUCCUAAGGAUGCCACUCCGUUACACGUCCCUUAUGCCGCCAAGAAGAGCUGUUUUCAUCAUCUGUUGUUUGUGGAUUUACGCUAUAACGUGGUCUUGUCUGCCUGUUUUGGGCUGGCACGCUCCAACUCCCGGAGGAUCUGUGAUAUAUAACGGCCAUUGUUACCAUACGUCCACAAGUUUAUACAAUAAUUUGGUAAAUAUUAUAAACUUCUUACUUCCCAUGGUUUUUAUGGCAAUAUUCUGGGUCUUUAUUUAUUCCAUAGUUCACAAGCAUCGCAAAAGAGUUCUGAAGAUAGAGAGAAGUCUCUCGCUUAACACCAACGAAUCGUCGAAUUCCAGCAACAACAUGAACGGAGAAGUCCAUCCAAUGACUCAACUCACGGCGCGAAAUGAAAAAACGGAGAAAAAACGAUUGCAGCGUAAUGUUCGCGGAUCUCGUUUCAUUGGCUUUAUUGUUAUACUGUUUUAUUUCUGCUGGCUUCCGUACGUCAGCUUAAGCUUCAUAGCCAACAUCUGUAGACCAUGCCAGGCCCACAUUCCGUAUUUUCUCUACGAGGCUUUUCUAGCGCUUGGUUUCCUCAACUCAGCCCUCAAUCCAUUUCUGUACCCGUUCCACGAUAAACAUUUUAAAGCAGCGUUUAGAGACAUGUGGAAAAAAUUGAGAAGCAAGGCUUUUGUAAGGUUAUUUCCAUCACAGGGCAAAGGCGUAGUUUUUAU